AGUCUACUCAUCCUGCCAACGCCCUACCAACUCGAGGUAGAUCUCAGAGUUCGUGCAGCCUCGCCUUGCGCAAUGUUAUCGGGCAAGGCGGCGGGAGGAUCGUCCCUAGACCCGGGCAAGUACGUCGCCUUGGGCCUCACCCACGUCCAGUAUGAUGGAACAGACAAGCUGGCCAAGCUCCUGGCCCUCGUCACCCUCUCGCCCAUCUUCCUCUUGUGCGCCUAUGUCACCAUCAUCAUCUAUCGUAGGGAACUGACUUUCAUCAAUGCCCUCGUGGGGCAAUUGGGUUGCGAGGGCAUCAAUUGGGGGCUCAAACGGCUCAUUCGUCAGCCCAGGCCAUACGGUCACCUCGGCAAGGGCUAUGGGAUGCCUUCGUCGCACUCCCAAUUUAUUGGCUUCUUCUGCGCCUUCUUCCUCUCCCAUUUCUACCUUCAUCACCCAAAGGCAGCGGUACCGCGGACCCUGGUCAAUACCAUGCGCAGAUUCGAGCACCUCUUUGCCAUGCUUGCCAUUGCCGGCCUGACUGCUGCUACUUGCUACUCUCGGUACCACCUCUCCUAUCAUACCCCCCUUCAAAUCUUUGUGGGACUCUUCACAGGACUUGCCAUUGGCUUUGUGUACUAUUACCUUACCGAGUACCUACCUCGCCAGCCUUUACGGCUACCAGCCCCCUUCCGGUCUGCGGCGGCGAGCCCUGAGUCCUCACCAGUGCGGGAACCUGUCCGGACCACAUCACUGAGGAGAAGAUCUCGCAAUGGUAGCAACGAUGCCACUCGACCCUCUGAGCGCACAGCGCGCUCCUCACGGUCGGCGGGCCCCUCUGCUUCAUCCGCACCCGCUGCACCCCCUCGUCAGUCCUCACUCAAUACGCAUCGGAGGCGCUCAUCCCUCUCGAGUCUCCUGAAGACUGAGCUCUAUCCAGCUCCUCCUAUCAGACAACUCAUCCUCGAUCAUCCCCUCGCUGUGGCCUUCCGGCUGCGCGAUAGCUGGACCGUCUGGCUCGACGGUGGAAUCGAGGGCGAGUACGAAGCGUGGAGGUCAGAAUGGGAGAGGAGACGCAAGCCAUAUCCAUCUGAUUGGAAGCGCGGGAUAGGUCAGGAUCAGCAGCAGACCAAUCAGAGGCUGAACAGUAUUGCUGAGAAGCUCGACGGCUUCAUGCUCGAUGGGCCAGGUGAUGAGCAGUCUGCCGUGGCCAAGGCAAAGGGAGGCGUCGCGAUGCUCUCGGGUGGGCCCUCGUCUUCGGGGAGCAGCAGCGGCCAAGCAUACUCCCAGGAUCUGGAGACGAACUUUGCAGCCGACACAAAAUCCAAUUUGGCUGACGGCGGUGCGCAAGGAGCCGCCAGCGGCAGCGGGAUGCCCUCAACGUCUGCAGCUGGGGCUGGGGCUGUACCUACCACGUCUGCCGCUACGCCGCUGAAGCUCAUGAAGCUCGCCCUGCGCCAAGCAUCGCGCUGCGAGCCAACCUCUACGGCCUUUUGCGUCGGCUGCAUCAUCGCCGUCUCUGGCAGCGAGGAGGUUGUCGCUACGGGCUUCUCUCGGGAGCUCGAGGGGAACACGCAUGCAGAGCAAUGCGCACUGGACAAGCUCGUAUCCUCUCCGGGUCGCAUCGAGGGUGAAGAAGCGAAAACGGGAGAGGAGACGGAGGUGCUGGAGCUUGACCUCUACACGACCAUGGAGCCCUGCUCGGAACGGCUGUCGGGUGCUACACCUUGCGCUCAACGAAUCCUCUCCUUCAAUCAGGCCUCUCCUCUCCUCUCCCUUCCACCCUCCUUGGGCACGGGAAGUGCCACAUCACCUGUACCCCGACAGGCGCGAGCGCGUAUCGUACGUGUCUACCAAGGCGUAAGCGAGCCAGAAGACUUUAUCAAGGACAAUGUCGGCCUCAAUCUUCUCCGGGGUGGAGGAAUCGAGGUAGUGAGAGUCGUCGAGGGCCAGCAAAGGGAGAAGGGAGAGGAAGAGGGGUGGAUUGAGAGAGAAGCAUUGAGAUUGGCCAAAUGGGGACAUGAGGAUCAGGCGCACGAGAAGGAGGGGGAGAGUCGCUUUUGGAAAGAAGAAGGAGGGGAGGAGGUGUGAGCGAAGAAGAGGAGUGAAGGGGUAAGAGUUAGUGGAUAGACAGCUUGAAGCAAAGCAGAGACAUAUGUAAUGAGAUUGACGCGGUCCCAAUUGACAGACAGACAGAUAGAUAUCAGAUACAGCCCACCUCUAGCGAAAAGAGACUAC